CGCAAAAAAAAAACACCACACCGAUAUCUUAUCGCAUUUUAAGUGUUUCCAAGAAAACAGGUUAGAAAUUCCCCAAGUAAACAAACAGUUUCACUAAUACUGUGACGUACAAAUGUUUGAUGUCUCUCACAAGGAAUAGAUUUAUUCGAUAGUGAUUUCAUAACAGUACGUCAUUCCAAAGAUCGACGCGAAAUUGAAAUUUGAUUCCGAUUAGAUAUGUCGCGCAAAGUAGAAUUUGUGAAGUCCGUUUGGGAAAUGGUUGUAAAAUCGAAAACCUUCGGUCAGUGUAUGAAAGAUGUAGAAAUACUGUCAGCUGGUGAUGGCAAAUGCAAAGCGCAAUUUACCGUGUUGAAAGAGCAUACAAAUCCAGCUGGUUCUUUACACGGCGGUUUUACCAGUACUGUCAUAGAUUGUAUAUCUUCGUACGCUUUGAUGACCGCCAGAUCUGAUGCUCAACCUGGACUUUCCGUGGACUUACACGUAACGUUUUUGAAUUCUGCAAUUCCUGGCGAAACGGUGACGGUCGAUGCUAGAACUAUACGGCACGGGAAAACUAUGAAUUUUCUCGCCGUCGAGCUCACGAAGAACAACGGCAAGGACGUUGUCGCCCGUGGACAACACACGAAGUUUGUCAAGCCACCGAAGACCGGAUAAUGCUAUAUCGCUUUAUAGCAAUACUAACGAGAAAAAUAGGAAUUUCAACCAUAAUUAUUUUACCACGCAAUUAUAGUCACAAAUACCAAACACUUUUCUCUCAGUGUAUAUUGUGUGAAAAUACAAGAAUAAAGAAUACAUAAUUAAUGAUCUCUUAAAAAUAACAUCUCUUGUUAGUAAAAAAAAAAAAAAAAACUGGUUACAAAUAUAACAUGUCAUAAUGAUGUGAUUUAAAAUAAAGAGAAACAGCUAUCUCAUG